GUGUCCGCGUGUUUUCAGAAAGGGAGAGACUAGAAGGCGCUGCUCAGAAUCUCACUCGGGACUCCCGACUCCGUUUUGCACGGAGGCGAGGCUUAUCCACCUUUUAAAAGCUGGCACUUUGAGGAGCCUUUUUCCUCUCCCGCUGCUUCGAGAGCGAGGGGCGGGAAGGGCUUUUGGAGAAUCGCUCCCGUUGCUUCCCGGAGAGUUGUCGCCUGAGGCCUAUCGGGGCGUCUCCGGCCUCUCUCUCUCUCCGGCCACGGGGAGGAUCGCUAUCCCGCGGGCGGCGCAGAGACAAACACAAAACGGCAAGGAGAGAGAGGCAGAGGCUCGAUUCCCGACAUCGCAAACCUGGGCGAGGAAGUGGCUGGCGGCUGGCUCCGUCGCUGCUCCUUUGAAAGGAGUGAAAAAUCCUCUGCCCGCGAGGAUCCCGAGGACCGCUGGCGCCCCGUGGAAGGAAACGAUGUCGAAACAGCUCCAAACUUGGCGAGGAUAAAUGGGCCCGCCGAGCACCUGGCCCCAUCUCCUGUCUUCUCCCUGCAUUUUAUGCUGCUCCGUGGAACGAAGAGCAGAGCUUCUGCAUCAAGACCUGUUGCCAGGGCCAUCUUAAGCACAUCCAGCGCCAUGGUGCAAAGCUCCCUCCGGCGCUCCCUCCCUUUCCCAAAAUUUAGCCUGGGGCUAAAUGGAUUAAAGGAGGAAACGCACACACGCAUUGUCACGAGUACAGGAAGGAGCGCCGCAUGUGUCCGAACCUAGGAAAAUAUGUCGCGUCUCUUAGGAAACUGCGACCUUAAUCGUUGCUAAGAAGCAGCGGGGAAAAGAAACCUUAUGUGAAUACUGAUACUACUGAAGAUUAAAUAAACUUGGAUAAAUUCAGAAAUAACCAGUCAUUCCUGAAAAGAAAAGAACUAUCAGCACAAUGGAUUGGAGCACAAGCUCUCCCCUGACCUCCAACUUUCAGACAAACAAUGUUCAAAUUCAGGAACAACAUCAGUCACAACAAUUUACUGCAGCAGGUUUUCAAGCAAAUGCAUCUGUUCAAAAUUCUCGUACUUACUCUGGAAAUGAUCAAACCACGAAAAUACUCUCUAAUAGAAUGAAUCCCCUUGCAAAUAACUUGCCUUUUCAAAAUCCUGGAGGCUCCAAGACCUUCCAUCAUAUUCUGCCUAAAACAUCUGUACAUAAUGACGUUCAGCCAGCCCACCUUGUACUUAUGCUACAUCACAAUUCACUUGGACAUGCUUCCUCUGAGAAUGUCCAGAUGGCUGCUGACAUGACUCAGAAUUCGAGUUUUACAAAGAAUGUGCAUAUUUCCUCCCCUGCAGUCAUACAAGGUAGUACUGAAAAUGCUGUGCAAAAUAUACCUCAGAAAACAGUUAAUCUGCCUAUUGCCUUGGAUAGCUACAAUAAUCAGCCAUUACAGAAUCGUGCUAAUUCUGUGACAACUUCAGUAUAUUGGCAAAAGCGCAAAAGUAAUAUAUGUCCAAAUGGACUGCCAACUACUACAAUGCACUACUACCACGUUAAUGGACCUGCUACCUCCCAAAUAGAUGCUACAGUGCCUUUCAACCAGGCAUCAAGUCAGUACUCAAAUUCUCAGCAGAACCGUUCAAGCCUCACAGCAGCUUUGCAUUCACAAUACUAUGCCCCUAAUACUGUAAGUCCUAUACAGUAUGGAGUACCAGCUCAUCACAAUUCCAAGAAUGCAGCACAGACCUUCCCUCAAGAUAGAAACCCACCACCAUACCCAGUUCCUCCUGCACAAAAAAACCGUGGACAAUUUGUACUUCCACAGGCAGUUGCAAAUAUAUCCCAUGAAAAUGUUCAGAACUAUCACAGUCCUGUGUUGGAUCAAAAUAGUAAUCUGUAUUCAGCUCAGCUUAGUGAAAGACAUCAGUCUGUACCAUUCACCCGAGAAACCAGUGAAGUAGGUAACAAUCCAUAUAGUGUAAGUGGAUAUAGGACUGCAAAUCAGCUUCCUAAUGAACUAGCCAAGUCACCAGUUGAAGUUGGAGCAAGCCUUCGUAACAGUGUGCGGGUUGUUGGAACAGUUCCUUCUGCUGUACCUUUAACACCACAAACGGGUAGGACUUUGGAACAAGAAAAGAAUCUAGCUAAUGGCUCAAGACAUUUUCCUGAUAACUUGAAGGAUAAAAUAACAAAAGAGAGACUAGCACUGGAUGGAAAAAAACUGCAUGAAUUGAAGAAGGCAGUGUCAAAAUUAGAUAUGGACUUUAAAAUGAGAUGUAAAAUGUACCUAUCUCAAUCUUCAGUACGGAAUGGUCAGGCUGCUGAUACUUCUGUUCACAAUCAAAAUGCUGCCACCUCACUUCCUUCUUACAAUACCAAUCUCAAUCGGUCUUUGCCGCUGCCAAAGGAUUCCAAUCAAGCAAUUCAGCUUCUUCCACAUGAUACCACUCAAUCAUUAUCUCCUAUGUCCUACAGUUCUGGUGAAGUCAAAUAUGUUCCUUUAUCACUGAAAACCAAUAAUCACUUAGCACCCAUUCUAAGGCAUAUGCUUAAAGGUACUACGGAUGAAAAUAUGUUACUUAACGAUCAUAUUGAAAAAGGAGGGUCCCAACAUUUGGCCAUCAAAGAUAAUUCAUCUAGUGCUCCUAUGCUUUCCAGCAGUGAUGUAUCUGAAACUUGUGUGAAUAAUAUUGAUGGUGCUUCUAGACUGAGGUCAAACAUUACAAUGGAUUCUACCCAAGUGCCUUUGACAUGCACUAAAAACGGUCCUGUUCAUGAUCUACCUCCCAUCGAUCAAUUGGUGAGUUGGAGUAAGAGUGCAAUGGAAAUCACUGGCCAGUAUUUUACUGACUAUGUUCAGAGUUCAAAUCAGAACUCACCUGCUUCAAAUGGAUCAUCCUUAUCAAAAAAAGAAGAUGAAAGAGAGUGCAUUGAGCAGAGUAACACUUGUCUGCAAAAAUUUGAAAGAAAAACUGUAGCUGGGAGCAAUGAAGAUAUUUGUGAUACAUUUAAUUCAGCUUCUCUUCCGAAAGCAACUGUUCAAGAAGCAGGCACAAUGCAGAAGUCCUCAGUUAACGGAAGUCCUUCUGUAAUGACAGGAGUUAGUUGGGAGGUAGUAAAAAAUAGUCUUGCUUUAUGGACCAAAAAUUUGCCAGAAACUUUGAAACACUUGCGUAAAAAUAAAGAUUCAACUUUGUCUUUGUCCUUAUCAGAAGUUGAUGGGAAAACACAGCAGACUUUGGAAAAUCUCCCCAGUGCAUUAACUCAGAAAGACCAAACUAAAGUUACAGUUGGAUCAAAUGAAACAACUACAUCUUCUGUACCUUCCUCUCUUGGAACAAAACUUGAGGUCAUAAAUUCCAAUUUACUGAAGGGUUCUUCUGAACUCCAAGUUGCCAUUGUUACUCCAUUAAUAAUGUCAAAAGAGAGCAUUCAACCUGAAGUGCAGGAAAAAACGCAUUCAUCUCUGUUGGAAGUAAAGAAUCCAAUUAUUGAAGAAAAUAGUGUACGUAGUUUACAAGAGCUUAAUUCCUUAGUACCAGCUGCUGAGGAAGCGGAAGGAGGAACUCUUUGUUCAUCAUCAAACACAGGUAUUACUGUUAAGAAAGAAGAUAUAGAUAUGCAUGAAAAAACCACCAAAUCCAGUGAAGAAAACUUGAUAGUGAAAGCUGAAAUUAACAAGGAUUGCUUAAUUAAUCAAGUUCCUCAGAAAGAUGUAAAAUAUUACAAAAGUUCAGAUUUGCAAGAACCAGGAGAUACUGUUGAAGUUGUGCUGAAUGACACUGUGUUGGAGAUAUCCAGUGUGUGUACUCUUGUACAAGGUGAUGAGUUUUACAAUUCACAAAUAGCUUGCAUUUUUAAUAGCCCUUUGAAAUCUAGUAAGAAAAAUGACACUUCAGAAGAAAAUCUGCCUUAUUUGCAUCAUAGUGAACAGCAUUCUGGCCUUUUGAAAAGUGAUUCUGAAAUUAUCAAGAGUGCCUCAGAAGGAGAUACCUUUUUGCCAUCCCAAGACUGCUUAUCAGAUGCCACUACAGAAAAGCUGUUAGAUGAAUUGUCGAGUUUAGAGAUUCCUCAGAGUGGGAAAGCUUCAAAUGAGGGGAAUGUCAUUGAUUCUGAGGAAGGAAAAAGCAUGCCCCAAAGUACUCCUCUUUCAGGAGAGAAACUUGAGCAGAAUAUACCCUAUGAUUAUAUUCAUAGUGCAGACUUCGGCAGUGAUAAUGAGGUUUUACCUGUAAAUAAAGGAAACCUAUUCAGCAGUACUAUUGCAGAUGGAACAAACGCUACUGCAAAAGAGGAUGCCACAAAAAAUGCACUAUGUGAAGAAAAUCAACCAGAUUCUAGAAUCGACGCUGACGAUCAACUGACUGAACUCUUGAAAGAAUUUCCUUAUGGAAUCAGUUUUCCAAAGCCUUUAGAAAACCCAGAGAAUAACAAUUUUGUGACUAAACAAAGUGAGAAAGAAGAUGAAGAAAAGCCUCAAAGUUCUGUGGAAACUCCCUCACAAAUACAAAUAACAAUAUUAACUUCUGAACAGAUGAAAGAAAUGUUUCCUGAACAGAGUCAAUCUUCUUCUAACAUACAAAAGAACUGUGACAAUGACCAGUUUUCAACAGAUUUUAAAGAUGACUUGAUGGAAGAGAAUAAAAGGGAUAGUCAAACUGAUCAAGCUGUACCUUAUGACAGCAGAAAUACCUCAGCCGAAACAACAGCUGCAAAACCCAGUAAGGAUAAAUAUUGCUGCCUCCUGGGUUGGCUAUCUUCAACAAUGGGAGUGGACCCGUGUAAAUGCAGACUGCCUGAAAAGGUUUCCUCAAAGCAGAAGGUGGACAUUUGUCCACAGUCUAAAACUAUAUCUAAAGUCAGACCAGAAACUGAUGCAAAAACUGGUCUUCAAGAAAAUGAAUCUAAAAUAGAUCCUGAAAUUGUUCCACUUUCAUCUCUAGAAAAACUAGGUUCCCAAGAACUUAAUAUACCUGUCAAGCAGGAAAUGGAAGAAUUACCACUCCAUACAUCUUCUCCUACUUUGAAGACUGAAACAAUUGAAAUUAAAAUACAGAACCACACACAUGAAAGAGAGAAUGUCUCUGCAGAUAAAACACAGUGUCAUUCAAGCACAAUGGAAAUGGAAGAAUUAUCACUCCAUACAUCUUCUCCUACUUUGAAGACUGAAACAAUUGAAAUUAAAAUACAGAACCACACACGUGAAAGAGAUAAUGUCUCUGCAGAUAAAACACAGUGUCAUUCAAGCACAAAAGAUUUAAAAGUGGUUGCUGCUAGAACUCUCUCCAAGAUUGAAACCUCUGUUAAACAGAGACCAUCAAAAGAAAAACUUGUAAGAUCAAAGACAGAUCAUCGAAGGAGAAUAGAAAUAAAGCGCAACCCACGCCACGAAAGAUAUCAAAUUAAAUGGGACUCCAGUGAAACGCGCAUCAUUAAGGGACCAACUUUGAAGAGAAAAAUGGCAAUAGGAAAAAAGCAUAAGACUUUGGUAAACCAGCAUAAUGAUGCCAUAAAGUCCCCAAAUAUAAACAGUAUUAAAAUUAAGAACCCUCAACAUAAAUCUACCAUGCUUUCACCAGAACAUUUAAAUGUAAGGAAUAAAUUAGAUUUUGAGAAAAACUACGGAUACACAAAAAAUAUGGGGCACAUGAGGAUAAACAAUGAACCAAGUAGGACUGAGCAUAUUGAACACAAUGAAGAAAGUAUUCAAAGGAAAAGUCUGAAGCUAAAUUUGGAAAAAUUUGCAUAUUCCAAAGAGAAUAAAAAUGCAGGCAAUUACAGAAGUUGUUAUUUAGAUGCAUCACCAAAACACAUGAACCAUGCUUCCAGUAUACUUAAAAUUCCCUUCUCAGUUAAAGAGCCUGUGCUAGAUACUCAUAAUAGAGACAAGCCCCUUGAGAGAUCUCUUUCUGAUAAAAAAACAGGUUUCAGUAGAAGAACUGGUAGACUGUCAAUUUCUCUUCAAAAAGAACAAAAGAAAAAAUAUUUGAACCAAGUUGCAUUCAGAAGGAUUGCACAGAAAACCAUUUGUUUGACAAACCUAGAUUCACAUUCCAAACCAGUAUGGCAUGUGAAAUCCAGUAGUUCAGCAUUACGUGAAGAUCAAAAGAACAGCAGCGUAUCCUCUCAGCAGCCAGAAGUGGAGAAACCACAAAUGCUUGAGUUCAAAAUGUGCCCAGAGAUAUUGUUUAGAAAAUCAGUCUCAGAAGAACAACUUUUAGAUGGAAAGAAUCUUCCUGAAAAAGACAAAACCCCUAUCACAGCUGUCAAAAGUAAAAGAGAAGACUGGUUAAAUUACAACCCUGUUAAGAGAAGAAAAACUAAAGAAUAUGAAGCUCAAGUUAAUGAUGACAUUCCUCUUGACACUGCAAUAAAAUUAUUGGAAGGAAUGCCUGUGAAGGAUUCUAAAACUACAUUUCAGACCUACAAGAAAAUGCAUCUGGAAAAAAAAAGCCAAAGCCUAGAUAGCACUCCCUUAAACUAAAUGUCAUAAAUGUGAGUAAUAUCUUGGACAUGUCUUGUUGAUGGUGCAUGUAUUUGAUGGAAUUGGGCCAUGAAGUAAAAAGUGACUGACAGGGGUGGGCACUGUAGAAAUCAUUAUUGUACACACAGGGAUGUUUUGUGUUCAAGAAAAUGUUCAUAAUUUGUUUUCCCAUAGAAUUUACAAAUAAUUUUAACAAUUGAAUGUAUCACAUUUUGCAAUUAGUAAAUUCCCCUGACUGUUUAAUUCCACCAUCUUGUCUAAUAUAUGAGGAUGAUAGCACUGUAAAUGCUGAAAGAAGCCAGUGGAUUUUAUCCUUUUAAAAUGAUUUGUAAUGAAAUAUAGUUUUUCGGUUUUCAAUAAAGACGAAGAAAACAAUAACAAUAUUUUCAACAGAGAUAGUGUUAAAGAAUAAUACAUUAGAAACCUAAUGAGAAUAGACCAGUGUCAUUCCACAGUGUCCCAUGAGCGGUUGAUGGACAGAAGCAAUGUUCAAUAAGAUUAUGCAUAGUCAUAAUCUAUACGGAUGUUGUAACAUGCUGUAUAAAUACUUGUUUCUUUUUCCAGUUUGAUGGUCCUCAUUGUGAUGUUGUUAACUUAUAUUGUUAUAUUGUUGUUAGCCGUCCUAUAUCUGUAACAAUCAUAGCAUUUUAAAGAGACAGAGCAAUUUUGGAGAGAUACCGUAGUUAAAACAUGAAUAAAAGCAGAUAAGCCUUGGGUAUGCACCAGGGAACACUGGGAACUGUGUGCUGCUAUCCAGCUUUGCUGAACUUUACAAACUUUUCAGAAAGUUCCUUUUUACUUUAUUUAUGAUUUUCUGUUAUUUGAGGCUUGUUGAUUUUCGGAUGUGUUUUUUUAAAAGGAAAAGUUGCAAAGACCUCUGUUGAAUAUCUCCACUUGGAGUGAAAUGUAAUUGUAGUUGAAAACCCAGUUUGCAUUUUGACCAAAACUUUAAGAGUCAAAAUCUUAUCAGGAUUCACCAACCAGUUAUUUAAACUAAACAAUUCCUCUGUAAGCUAUAUUAGCUAAGGGUUGUACUUAACUGUAUUACUCAGUUGACUUUAAGGCUUCUUUCAGCCAAAGGGAAACAAAAAUGAUUUCCCCCUCCUCUAGCAGCUCUUGUGCCCCACUGAAUCUACUCUGGAAGAUCCCUAACCAUCCAGAGCAAAUUUCAGGGUGGGUGCUGCAGUGGGUGGAGCACCAACUUUGAAAUUAUUUCCUUCCCCGUUCACUGAUAAAAGCCUUAUUGUCAGUUGAACAACACUGUGGAAUACAACCCAGUAAGUUUCCAAAUAUAUGCCCUAGAAACUAUUCUGAUAUUGAAUAUUCAUUUUUAAGUGCCUUUUGUAUUAUUUGGUAUAUUUGAUGAUUAUUUUAUAAUGUUGUCAUUUAUUGCUUGUGGGUUUUUGGAAAAAAAUGUUACAUAAUGCUACUGUUUCUUAAUGCAAUUAAAAGCAUACUUAUUUUGGCAA